AAAAAAAAGAACAAUUCAACUUCUGAUUCCGCAACAUAGUUCAGAAGUGACGUUGGAGGAGCUUUCCCUUUAAAUGUUUCAACUCUGAGAAACGUUGCCCAGUGGAAGGGGACAAAUCCUGGAGCCCUGCUAUCGAGUUACAGCGUCCCGUGUCUUUUAUAAACUUACUCUUGGAGAGAGAUCAAAAAGAUGGGAGAUUGGAGUUUUUUGGAAAAGCUCCUCGAUGAAGUACAGGAACAUUCAACAGUCAUUGGCAAGAUCUGGCUCACUGUGCUCUUCAUAUUUCGGAUUCUGAUCCUGGGCACAGCAGCAGAGUAUGUGUGGGAUGAUGAGCAGUCGGAUUUUGAUUGCAAUACAGAACAACCAGGUUGUGAGAAUGUUUGCUAUGACAAGGCUUUUCCAAUCUCACACGUCCGCUACUGGGUGUUGCAAAUCCUCUUUGUGUCAACACCAACACUUAUCUACUUGGGCCAUGUGAUACACAUAUCAAGGCAGGAGGAAAAACUGAAGCAGCGAGAGGAGGCACUGAGGUCCCUGCAGAGCAAAGACAACCAAACUGAACGCAUUUUGAAAGAGAUUGAAAAAAAGAAGUUAAAGUAUGCCAUUGAUGAGAACGGAAAAGUUGAAAUUAGGGGAGCACUGAUGUGCACCUACACACUUAGCAUUAUCUUCAAGAUGACAUUUGAACUGAGCUUUCUACUUGGUCAAUGGUAUUUAUAUGGCUUUGUGAUGCCUGCCAUUUAUGUCUGUCAAAGAAUUCCCUGCCCACAUAAAGUAGAUUGCUUUAUAUCUCGCCCCACAGAGAAGACCAUUUUCAUUUUAUUUAUGUUUGUGGUAGGUCUAAUAUCAUUGCUGCUGAACUUUUUGGAAAUGUUCCACCUCAUUGGCAAAUGUAUUUUUAGAAGCCUUCAGAUGAACUCCAAGAAACAACUCUGUCCAAAAUUGUCUAAAUUUCCAGGAGCUGCCUACGUUGAAAAGGAGUCAAUACCAAUGGAGUACAUGUACCCAUCAGUGGAACAGAUUCAUGGACCUUACCAGAGCUGCAACAAGUCAUCUACUGAGCAGAAUUGGACAAAUUACACUACAGAACAAAUAUUAGCAGGCCAAAAGGUGAAUCCCACGUCACCAGGACAUUUGCCAUCAUAUAACUUCUUGACUGAUGUCCCUGAUAAAGUACACCAAAGCUCAGUUCAACAGCAAAGGCCUAUUAGUCCAGUCAGCAGUGUGAGCAGUCGGAGAAGGGACACUGAUGUUGCAAUCUAAGUUUGAAUGAAUAUCAAGUUUUAAACAAGCAAUAUUGAAGAAGAAUAAUUAUGUUUGACAAAUGAUUUUGCAGAACUUUCAGACAUAGUCUAUGAGCAAAGUUGUAUAAGUAUCCAAAAUGGAUUUCAACACAUUUGACAUGAUUUAGGUACCGUACUAAGAUGGAUGCCAUUGUGCCAAAUAAUGGACAAAUACAUGUCCCUUAGUCAAUCACUGUAUGAAGUUAUUAUUAAACUUGUAAUUUAUUUCCCACUUACUGUGAGAUUUCCUAUUUCCUGGUUGACAUUCUGUGGUCGAAGUAUGCCAUUGGACUGAAUGGAUCUUUUUAGAAGCCUCUCUUUGCUAUUUUGUGACUGAAAUGCUCAAGUGAGCUAAUGCCAGUGAUGUUGUGUAUGCAAGAAUGGGUUUGACUGAGUUGCUCUUGGAGUUCAUUUUUCUACUACCCACCCCUCAGCCCUCUCCCCAUUGCAUUAACGCAUAUAGAAUACUGAGCACUUCAAUCAAAUCAAGGGAAAACUCAAUCUUCUGUAAGGAUUUGUUAAUAAUUAAUAACAAAGCAGGUGAUAGUUAAUGACAUACAACACACUUAAUGAUUAAAGAGGCAUACUAAUUUAGGUUUAUUGAGAAAAAAACUACAAUUGAUGACAAAGAUAUAGUGUAUUCUGUAGAUGUUGUAACAACUAUGUAACUUAUAAUAUAGACAGACAUUUCAAAGCAAUGCACGUACAAGUCACUUUCAAUUAUUUUCACACACUUGACAAAAUAGUGGAUGCCAUGUAUUAAGGAUCAAGACAAUAGUUAAAGUGGAAGUUUCACAGACAUUAAAUAAAAAAGGGAUUACUGUAAAGUAAUUCAAAAACAAAACGUUGGAAUCUUUUAAUAAUUGAUCUUUCCCUUGUCCAAUCCCGAUCUGUCUGCCUAAGGGUCUACAGCGAUUAAUAUGACUAGCAUUGAGUCAAUGUUGCUUGAAGUCUUUCCCUAGAAUUCCAAAGAAUUGUUCUUGCUAUUUUGCUGCAUCCUGAUAUUGAAAUCAGAACUCCUUACAAUGAUUUCAUCCACACACAAACCAAAACAGUGGAACAUCUCAGCUUCUUGAGACUUCCUACUUCCUGCAUUUUUCACUAUUUUGCUCAUCAGCUGUAGCCAUCAAUUGCUGAGUUAUCUGAUUUCUUUUUAAUGUGGUGAUGCGCCAUACCAUAUUGAUUUCUCAACAGUAGGUUUUCAAAUCCUCACUAAAUAUGGGAGAUAUUCUAUUCUGUUACCUCAAAUUAGUGAUCUUGAAUAUCAUGGAAUAGAAUUGAAAGAAGGCAUUGAUAGCAUCAAACCAAAUUCCUUAAGAAAUUAACACAUCUUGUUCAUUAUUUAUAGCUUCACUUGCCACAUUAUUUCGAAUUGAAAAUGCUACCACAGUCCUGAAGUCUUCACUGGAAGUUCUAUGCUGAAGAUAUAUUGGCAGGUGUAGAAGCAAGUCGCACACCAGCACAUUUCACAGUCUUAUUGUUGGUUAAUGCUACUGCAUUGUUACCGAGCAUUGUAUUCUCCUCAAUUGAUACUCCAUGAGCAAUCUAAAGCACAAUUGACAGAAACAAAUGAUGUAAACUCCAAUGGCCAACCUCAAAGAGUGAAGGACCAUGAAAAAGGACAUCAAGAAUUAAAAGCAGCUGUGAGUGUGAUCAUUCUUUUGGAAUCUGAGCUCACACUUGAGAAAGUUGCUCGUGACCUUCCUGAAGUAAAUUUAACUCAUUGUGAUAGUAACAAAAUCCUAGCUGUUUCUCAAAAAUGUGAGAACUGAAGGAAAGCACAAAAUUGACACUGUAAAUAAUAAUUAGAUCAAAUAUUUGUUAAAGUCUAUUGUACAAAGUGAAUUUUGUGUUACCUCUUGAUGCUAUUUGAACUGCUGACUGAAAUAAAUUUUUAAAUAUUAAAUUCUAA